UAAUAGUAGCGACAUGAGGUCCACCCACCACGGCAUCAUCGAAGAAGAAGAGGCAGUUGUGUUGGAGAACCAUGCCAGUAGUAACCAUACCAAUACCCAGUUGUCGUUCUCAUUACCACUGCCGUAAGCUAUUUCUGUUAACUCAAACUCACACCUCUUCUCCUCUUCCUCCCACUCCCACUACACCUCUCUUCGCUUCAGCCAUAGCCAAGAGAACCAUGCUCACCGCCAGCAGCAGUGGCGGUGGUGCUUUUACCACAAUCAAAGAGAGAGUUUCAUUCGAAAAGGAGAUCAAAAAGAGUAAAUUUAUCGCCAUUGCUGGUCCCAUCUCCGACGAACAAUCCGCCUUUUCCUUCCUUUCCCAGGUCCGAGAUCCGCGUGCUACUCACAAUUGUUGGGCUUACAAGGUUGGAGAUCAGUAUAGAUCAAAUGAUGAUGGUGAACCAUCUGGUACAGCUGGAAAGCCAAUACACUCUGCCAUUGCUUCUUCUGGUAUUGACAGAGUUAUGGUGGUUGUCAUCAGGUAUUUUGGAGGUAUCAAAUUAGGCACAGGGGGACUAGUCAGAGCUUAUGGAGGAGUUACCUCAGAAUGCUUGAGAAAUGCCCCAACUUGUUUAGUAAAAUCUAAGGUCCCUAUGGGGGUUGAGGUCCCAUUUGAUCUUAUAGGCCUUCUGUAUCAUCAGCUGCAAUCUUUUCAAGUUGAAGAUAUCAAGCAAGAUUAUGAAACAGGGAAAGAAGGUAUUACCAUGGUUACUUUUAAAGCUGAUUUUGACCGUGUUGAGAAAUUGGAGGAUGCCAUCAAGGCUAACUGUAGUAGAGAAUUAGUUUUUUACAAACAUUGAAACAGAGUUAGCUGUAUCUUAGCAUGUGCUGUCAAACAAUGAGAAUCGUGCUCUCAUAGAAUCCACAAUCUUCAUACUAAAACUGUAGUGUUAAAUUAGUCAGAUUGCACCACAUCUUUGUAUUAUACUUGUAUGUUUUGUGCAUAAAACACAGAUUUGUUUAUAAACUCAUCAUAUAUUCAAUGACCUUUUGACAAGUUUUAUUUGUUAGUUUUGUGAGAAUGAUUUGACAAGAAAAUGCAUGCACUAGACAUUGAAAUAAAAUUCACACAAUAUAGACCACAGUUCAUAACAUGAAACAAACCGAUAGAAUAUUGCCGUACAUACUACAUAAAAUAUAAAAACAAACUGAUUGAACAUGAAGCACAGGUAUUUGAUGGUUUGAUCUAAGUGAGGCCUACUGUUUUCUAAACUUAAGCCACGGCCUUGGAAGAAGAAAGAGGUAAUCAAUCCCAUCCCAUCUUAUGAGGAUAGCAUAGCUGUAGCAGCAGCCUUAGAAGGUUGUAGUCUUUUCGGUUCUAAGUGGUGUUGGAUUUGGCUAUAGGGUUGCUGACAGUUGGGGUUUUCAGCAGUGAUGCCUAUGGUUAGGUUGCCAUUGCAAGCAGCGGUGGUGAUGGAAGUGUGGCCUUCCUAGAGAUGGGAAUGAAGACAAUGCUAAUAAUGGUUGAUAAUAUGCCUUGUCAGUUUAUCCGUUGGUGGAUACAAACUACUAAUGCUUGUAUGUUAGCUUAAAAGUAAGUAAAGUAAUGGUUAUUGCACACCAAAUGGUAAGAAGAUGGAGUUUUUUUGUUAGUAAUAGUUACAAGAACUAGAACUCCACAUAAGAAAUGUUAUGUGCAAGCUUGGAACGUACUUUCGAUAGUUAUAUCUUUUGUCUUUUCUUUUCUUCUCCAAUUUUUUUGGCAUUGACUGGAUAAUAAAGUACAUGUGCAUAUUUUCUUUGCAGUUUAGUAUGAAUCCUAUGAUAAUUAACCAAUCCAUAAUUUUUAUUCAUAGUACAAUAACAAAAAUACAACAACUAAUCUGUAAAUGGUAUACAUAUCCAAGCCCCAAACCAAAAACUAGAUGAAAAUGACAUCCUCAAACUGAGGCAAAAAUAAAUAAUACAAACAGAACAAAAUCCAAAAACAUAAUUUAAAUCACUCAACUACAUGCAAGAUCAUAGAUAGAACAUAGAAGUGGCAAAUGAAACCCAAAUCCAUCCAUAGUAUCUAGUCAACUCUUCAAUUUGAUGGUGGAGGAGAGAGGAAUGGAAGAUUUGGAAUGGUGGGAAUUGAAGGCAUUGUCGUUGGGAUAGUGGGAAGAGGAGGAAGUGUUACCUUAGGAAUUGAGGGAACAUUAUUGGCUGGGUUUGUGGGAAGUGUAGGCAAAGGAUUAGAUGGCAGUGGAGCUACAUUGGGUUUUGGCAAAGUUGGAAGAGCUGGCAAAGGAUUUGAGGGCAAUGGAGCAAUGUUGGGCUUUGGCAAUGUUGGAAGAGUAGGCAAAGGGUUAGAAGGCAUGGGUGGCAUAUUUGGUUUAGGUAGUGGUGGGGCUGAGGGCAAUGGAGGCAAUAUGGGGUUGGGAAGAGCAGGAAUUUUGGGCAAUGCCGGGGGUGGUGCGGCCGGCGGUGUGUCUAAAAGGUGGCGAGUUGCCAAAAUUGGAUUGGUUGAGAGUGAUAAGGCUAUGAUUAUUGAUAGAAUAGAGAAAAUCUUGAGGAAACCCAUGUUUUGAUGACAAAAAAGACAAGUACUUGUGUUGGAUAUGUCAAUAAUGUAUUUAGUGGGGAGUCUUUUUUCGUUGU